AGCUAGAGCCCCUGAAUUACAGUUAUCCAUUCCCGCGAAAAGUGAUGCCGAUCCUUCUUCAACUCCAAGCCUACUCCCUCCACUUUCCAACGGUCCGCUCGUUUUCUUCCAACCCAUCAUCGUCUUCUUACACUGCUCCUCUGUUCCUCCCUUCUUCUCCUUCAACUUCUUCUUCUUCUCUUACUUCUGGUCGGCACCCUCCACUCCUCCUCCGCUUCCGUACUUCCUACCGCGAAAAUCUGCGAUACCUCAGAGCUCUAGGCAUCAUCUCCAACAGAGAUGUCCCCUCAUCUGAAACUCUCCAACGCAUUCUCUCCAUCCUCAACUUCUUCAAAUCCAAGGGCUUCUCCGAACCCGAUUUCCGCAGACUCUACUUCCUCUGCCCUCAACUCUUCUCCCCCAGCGUCGAUCCCACCGAUUUUGCUCCCGUCUUCGACUUCUUGGCCACCGACGUCGCAGCGUCUCCUGCCGAAUCUUGUGGUCUGAUUCUCCGGUGUCCUGGAAUCCUUCUCUCCCACGUCGACUUAUGCCUGAGACGCACGCUUCUCUUCCUCAGAGAAUUGGGGCUGGAGAAGCUCAAUUUGCCUACCUCCCUCAACGCUCAUCUGCUGAACACUCGCGUCGAUAAACUUGAAGCUAAGGUUAAGUUUUUGCAGAGCUUAGGGUUUUCCCAUGAGGAAUCUUCCAGGGCCUGUUCUCGUCUACCUGCGAUUUUUGGGUACAGUAUCGAGAAUAAUAUGAGGCCCAAGUUCAAGUAUUUGGUGAUAGAGAUGGAGAGAGAUAUCCAAGAACUGAAGGAGUUCCCUCAGUAUUUUGCCUUCAGCCUGGAGAAACGUAUUAUGCCGAGACAUUUGCAUUUGAAGGAGAGGAACGUUCGAAUACCAUUGCAGAGGAUGCUGUUGUGGAGUGACGGAAAAUUUUAUACCAAAUGGAAGUAAAAUUAGGUAUGAUUGCUCAGCCGUUACUCAAUUGUAUAUUCUCUCCUGUCUCAUUAAUUUGAUUAUUUGAGCUCUACUAAGUACAUUUUCAAAGUGAAAGAAACCCAAGCAGAUCUAUAGUUUUAUGAUAAUCUAAAUGGUAUAUACUGGCCAGACGCCCCUCUGCACCAAACUCAUAGAGGAUGGAUCAAUGUUAAACAAUUUCUACUCUUUUCAAAGCACAGAAUUAGCCUUUCCAUCAGAAAUACCCUAUGGUGUCAUAAUUUCCAUUUCCAUUUCCAUUCUUCAAGAUUGAUGCGAAAGCUUCCCAUUUAUACCUUCCUGUUUAUUAAUUUUACAUGGUUGGAUCUCUGUUUUCCGUUUGCAAUCUAUGCUUGACAAUUAUUUCAAGUAGGCAAAGUGAGGCCACAAAUGAGUUACUACCAUGUCUAGGGUUGGUAUUGCUCAAAAUAUGCAGCUGGUGUUGUUUUGGGUUGUGAACAUGUGGAGGAGUAGGUUUGGAUUGAUAGUGAACCCUUUCCAAAAUUCAUUACCAAAAACUAUCUGUGUCCAUAUUGUGCUCAUUGAAACUAUAAGAUCAAAUCUUACAUUUAACUGCUAAUUUACAGAGGCCUUGAAGUACAGGGAGAAAUGAUGAUUCUCUAAUCAGCAUUGGACUAAAUUUAAUUUUGCUACAUCAUGUUUAUUAUCAUUUGUCCUUGGCAAGUUCUUUACAGAAGGGGAAAUGGGGUAAAGCAAGAUUGCAAAAUA